CGCUGAUACCCGGCAGAAGACGCUUGUUGAGCACAAGGAGCGAGACUAACGAACAGGAUAAAUUCGAGCUCAAAGGAGACGCGUUUGGAUUACUAUCUUGCCUUUUCGUCCAUUCGUUCGUACUGGAUUUUGUGAUUUUGGAGUCCUUCUUGAGACGUUUGGAUUAUUACCUCCACACAUCAUGACUCUGGAAGAAGUUGUUGGAUGCGAUAUGGCUGACAAAAAAAUGGAGACCGUGAGCCAAGCCUUAGAAGAGCUGCUGGUUGCAGCGCAGAGACAAGACUGCCUGACUGUAGGGGUUUACGAGUCUGCAAAGCUGAUGAAUGUGGAUCCAGAUAGUGUGGUAUUGUGCUUGCUGGCCACUGACGAGGAGGACGAGGACGAUAUCGCGCUGCAGAUCCACUUCACGCUUCUGCAGGCUUUCUGCUGCGAGAACGACAUCAAUAUCUUGCGCGUGUCCGGCUUGCGGCGCCUUGCGCAGGUCCUGGGCGAACCAAGCGCCGUGGACGUGAGCGGCAGCACCGGCGGCAGCAGCAGCAAUAGCAACAACAACGGCGAGCCUAGAGACUUCCACUGCAUCUUAGUGACGAACCCCCAAUGUCAGCCUCUCAAGUGCCAGGCGCUCCAGGAGGUGGGCAACUACUGCGACGAGAGCCGCUGCAGGAACCAGUGGGUGCCGUGCCUGUCCCUGCGCGAGCGCUGAACGCUGACCGGUCGGCGCGUGGGAAAAGGAAGAUUUCAAAAGAAAUGAGCGAUCAACCGCCAUUGCAAACCCUAGAAUGCAAAAGGGGCUCUUUGUGUUUUUGGUCACCGCUCUGCAUCAGCCAACGGCGACGAGGGUGACGAGAGAGAGAGAGGGAGGAAAAGUGUGCUCCACUCCGCAGCCCUGAUUCCGUCCUCCGCGUGAGGGAGGUAGUGGUGGAGGAGGAAAAGGAGGGGGAGGAAAAGCCGUGGCGCAGCGAGCGCGCGCCGUGUUGGAGCCGCACGCGGGGGUGCUCGGUUUCGCCGAGGAAAGAAAACCGAGAAACGGCGUGGCACGACUGUAGAAGCGAGUCUGCUGUGUGUCUUUGUAGGUCACUCGCUGACUCGUGGGGCCGAACUCUUGUGACAAUAGUGCACGCGACAAAUCGCUCAUGUGUUUGGACUUAAUACCAGCUGUGGACUGCAACUGCUUUAUGUGACUGCAAGAAGGAGGCCAGUAUUACAAGACAUCGUCAUGUCUAUUGGACUCGCUGAAUGCAUGGAAACUAUGAAUGGACUCUAUAACUUAUUGCUCAUAACUUAAACAGAGUAAUAUAUGUGUGUGUUCAAACUAAUGCUGUUUCAAUAAAUUAUUGUGUGGAAUUGGAA